GCCAGGCCGCGGCAGAGCCGGAAGUUGAGCCGUGAUUUAGCCCCACAGACAGCUAACAGCGGAAAGAUUUAGCGAGUUCACAAAACUUAAUUUCGGGCAGGAAAAGUUUUUUUAGAGGAACUCCGGAGCUUAUAGUGACCCACUAACGACGACCGAUGGAUUGCGACGAGUUCUACUCGUUUAUUCUCCACGUAGAGGAGCGUUAACGACCGUUGAAAGAAGUUGUGAUUGUUUUUUGGCGCUCCAGUGGCUAACGCUAGCUGCUAAGGCUUUCUGCUAACGCUAUCUGAACAGACAGAAUCAAGCUGCUGGUGGUCCAAAGGAUUUGGAGCGAUUAUAGCCCCCUUUCUCCGCCAACUGGAGGCCCAGAAGGUUCGGAUGCUGCAAGUCACCUCGCUGACGGAACCCGAGCUGCUGUUCCUCACUGCAGACCAACUGAAGCUCUGAGGAUGGAAGCAGAGCUACUGGAGGCUGGAUCUAGAUGUCAGAUGGUGCUCUGAAGAAGCCAUGGGUAGCUGUUUAAGCUGUCCAGAGAAAGAGUCAGUUCCAGAUAAUCAUCAGAGUAAAUUCAAGGUGAUCAAUGUGGACGACGAUGGGAAUGAGCUGGGCUCAGGCGUGAUGGAGCUGACCGAAUCAGAGCUCGUCCUCCACACCCAUCGCCGCGACGACGUCAGGUGGCCCUACCUCUGCCUGCGUCGCUAUGGCUAUGACUCCAACCUUUUCUCCUUUGAGAGCGGCCGUCGCUGCCAGACUGGCCAAGGUAUAUUUGCCUUCAAAUGCCCACGAGCUGAAGAGAUCUUCAAUAUGCUGCAGGAGGUGAUGCACAAUCACAGCAUCUCUGUGGUUGAAGAGGCCGUUCUUGACCCUAACCAGCAGGGGGCGCUCACUCCUGCAGCUCUGGGUUACUCUGUACCGACGGUACCCAACGGGGUGAGUCGGCUGCCCUCCGUGGGUGAGACACCGUCUCACCCUUCCACCCGUCAUCCGUCUGUGGCCAGCACACGGUUGCCGUCCGUGGGAGAGGAGUCCACUCACCCGCUGCUUGUGGCUGACGAAGCGGUGCACACUUAUGUGAACACCACAGGACUCCUGGAGGACCAGCCCAGCCCGCUCACCGUCAUCACCCCCCUGGAGAGCCCCACCUCUCCGCAGUCUCAGUGCCCUCCUACACCCCCUCCUCCUCCCAGGGCCCGCGUGGAACCAGUGGCACCUGUCCCCCAGCCGGAGCCCCAGGUGCUGCUGGAGCCUCAGGGGGUGCGCUUUGUGCUGGGCCCCACCCCUGUUCAGAAGCAACAGAUGGAAAAGAAAAGACAACAGGAGCUGCAGGAAGCCACUGAGCUCCAAGAGACUAACGGCCCCAUCCCAGCCCCCGCCCCGGCUGAGCCGCCGAGCCCGCACUCCAACGGCUCUGCCUCCAACCCAUCCACGGCUCCGCGCCGUCACCGCCCCCCUCCUCUGACACCCGACUUGCAGAAUGUCAACAAUUCAGCGCAGCGGCGCACCGCCCUCCUGGACUAUGAAAACUUGCCAGUGCUGCCCCCGGUCUGGGAGGCCCGGAAACCGAGCGCGGAGGAGGAGGAGAGCCCAGAUGGCGGUCUGAAGACGCCGUCGCUCAACGGAUUCAACCACCACAACACCCACAGCCUGCUGCAGCACUCCUUGUCCCAUCCAUUGUCGGCUGUCCUUGAGCCCUCGCACAACUAUGUCAACACAGAGAACGUGACGGCGCCGCUCAGCGCGCACCGCCCCGACACGGCCCGCCGACGCACCGACGGACCCAACAUUUUUAACUUUGACUUUCGCCGGCCGCCGCUGCCGGGCCACAUGGAGCAGCCCAAAACUCUGAACUACAUUGAAGUGGAGAUGGACAGCGGCGGCGGAAACAAAGGCACCUCGGACAGCAGUAACCCCCACACGCCCCGCACCCCCACCUCCCCGCUGCCUCCUACGACGCCCACACGGCGCAAUGAGAUGUACGCCCUCAUAGAUAUUGAGCGCACGGCCGCCAUGUCGAGCCUGCAGAAAGCACGACCGCGAGACGACGGCACGUCUCGCAAGACGAGACACAACAGCACGGAGCUUCCAACUAAGAGCGCCGCGUGACUUUGUUUGGCCGGCAGGGAGCCGUGCAUGGACUCCAUUGAACCAGGAGCUGUCCACCUGCUGAGGUGGACUGGUACUAUAGCAGAUGUAUUACCUCUGAUGAUGAUGAUGUAACAGACUGCUUUCUUUAUAUGGUACACGUCAGUAUUACUGAACAAACAUUCCAGUUAUCCUUUUGUACGAGUCACUGUGCUGCUGUAAGAUGACACAUGUACAGUAGAUCUGACACAAUAAAUGUCUGCUUUUAUUUGUACUCGCUGA